AUGAGAGUUCAAAGCAUCGCAGCCGUCUUGGCAGCGGCAGUCACAUCGGUCUCCGCAAUUCCAUUCGGACACGGUAGCGUGUCGGAAACCCGUUCGACCAAGCCUCCCUACUUUUUGCUCACCGGCGACUCGACUGUUGCCAUCAACGGCGGUUGGGGCAAUGGAUUCUUGUCCUUCGUCGAGUCGCCUGCCGAUGGCAAGAACUAUGGCAAGAGCGGUGCCACAACCGUGUCAUUCAGAGCCCAAGGCAUUUGGAAAACCGUCAUAGAAGAGGUCAAGGCGAACAAGGACGCCUUUAGCCCCAUUGUCACGAUCCAGUUCGGCCACAACGACCAAAAGGCGACGGCGAACAUUUCCCAAGACCAGUUUCAAGCCAAUCUUGAGGCCUUGGCGAACGAAGUUACGGCUGCUGGCGGAACUCCUAUCUUGAUCACCUCUCUCACGCGUCGCACCUUCAGCGGCGGCAAAGUCAUCCAGAACCUCGAGAACGAGCGCCUCCGAGCUAUUGCUGCCGCAGAGGCUGUGGGUGCCACGUACCUGGACCUGAACACCGCCAGCACCAAAUAUGUCAACGCCAUUGGCAACGCGAAUGGGCGUAAGUACGACUUAUCGUCUGGCGAUGCCACGCACUUGAACCCUGCCGGAGAGGUUGUUUUCGGUCGCCUGGUUGCGGACCUGCUCCUUGAGAAACGGGAGGAUCUUGCCGAGUUCAUCAAGGAGAAUAAAGCGCUGAGCGACAAAAUCAAGGCUGGCGUGUUUGCCACCGGUGACGAGACAGACUAA